GCUCAUUCCAACGAAGUCCAACCUCCACAUCUUAUCCCCAUAAGAACCAUCUCUGCAUCCCACCCACAAGUGCUCAUCAACACAUACCCACACUCACGCACCACCACCACCACCACCACAUACAAUGGCGGCUCCACCAUGUUCCUCUCUCAUCCUCCUCUCUCUCACCACCCUUGUCUCCUCCCUCCUCCUCCUCCCCGCCGCCCAAGCUCAGUCCGCCCCGGCCCCCGCUCCCUCUGGCCCGAUCAACGUCACCGCCAUCCUCGAGAAGGCCGGGCAAUACAACUUCUUCAUCCGCCUUCUUAACGAGACGCAGGCCGGCAACCAGAUCAACAACCAAGUAAACAACUCGCACGACGGCAUGACCCUCUUCGCCCCCACGGACAAUGCCUUCAACAACCUCCCCACCGGAACCCUAAACAACCUCACCAAUCAGCAGCACGUGCAGCUCGUCCUGUACCACAUAUGCCCCAAAUUUUACUCUCUGGACAGCCUCCUGACCGUCAGCAACCCUGUCAGGACCCUGGCCAGCGGGCAGGACGGCGGAGUUUUCGGGCUUAACUUCACCGGACAGGCCAAUCAAGUCAAUGUCUCCACAGGGAUUGUUGAGGUCCCUCUAUAUAAUGCCCUGAGGAAGGAUUUCCCAUUGGCGGUUUACCAGGUUGAUAAGGUCUUGUUGCCUGAAGAAUUCUAUAAAGCCAAGGCUCCAGCAGCUUCGCCGCCAGCUGCCGAUGGGUCAAGCAGUCCUGCUGCCGAUGGCGGUGCGAAAGCGCCGUCAACAGGGAAUCCUGGAAAUGGUUCAGGGAGGAUGAGUGUGGGGCUGGGAUUGGUGUCUGGCAUUUGGUUGUGCAUGGCACUAUUGUCCUGAUCAGGAGGAAAGCUGCAAAUAUGCUGAAUUAUUGCUUCUUGACUCUCUUUUUUCCUUCUUUGUUGUUCAAAAUAUUGUUUAAUUAUUCUUCGUUUGUUGAGAUUUGUGGUUGAGUUUACGAAUUCAUUCAACUUCUACAUUUUGCGCUAUUUCUUUUCA